AUGGAGGCCCUGCGGAACCCCAUGCCCCUGGGCUCCAGUUCCGAAGAGUCUCUUGGGGACGAGGCCUGCAGCUCCCAGACCACGGCGGCCAGGGCAGCAGCCAGCCCAACCCAGAAGGAAACACCCAGCCCCUGGGGAGGCUCCGUAGAGAUCCCAAGUCAGGAAAAAUGUCCGGGAGCCACAAGGAGCACUCUUCCCCAGAGGUCUCGGUCCUGGGACAGGUCCCUCAGGAGCUGGCGAGGUGACACCCGGCAGGCCUCCCACCACUCAGUCAGCACCAGUCUGGGAGGCCUCUUAGGAGGACAAGCUGAGGGGACCAGAAGUGCAGGCUCCAGCUGCAACCCCUGCACCACAGCGGAGAGUCCAGCUGGUGGUGACACAGACAGCAGCACCUUCCGAGGGCACGAUCCUGGCCAGAUUCCAGAUGUGCUUGCUGAGCCACUGUGCCCCAAGGGAGGAGGACAGCCACCCAGCACAGGAGACAUGCCCAGUCAGAUGCCCAGGCAGGUGCUGGAGGUCAGCCAGGAGCUCCUGCAGUCCGGGGUCAUCACCCUCCCAGGGACCCGAGACCACCAGGGAAGAGCAGUGGUGCAGGUCUGCACGAGGGGCCCGGUCUGGUCCAGCAAACACACCUCCAGCAUCGAGCUGACCCAACUGUUGGAGUACUUCUACGGCAUUCCCAGGAAAGAGGUGCGGGAGCUGGGGCUGGUCAUCCUGGUGGAUGCUCGCAAGGGCCCAGCUGCCCCUGCUCUCUUCCAGGCUCUGGCAGCACUGCAGAACACAUCUCCUCCCAUAAUUCAUAGUAUUGUGUUGUUGGUGAAUAAAGAAUCAGGAUUUAGGCCUGACAAGGAUAGAACAAUUCAGUGUGAGGUGGUGGGCUCCCUGAAGGCCUUGCACAAGCUUGUUGACAGCUCGCAGCUGACCGCAGACCUCGAUGGCUCCUUUUCCUACAGCCACAGUGACUGGAUCUGCUUCCGUAGGAAGCUGGAGCCCUUCACCACAAAUUGCGAGAAUGCCAUUGUUUUCCUACAAAAUUCAGUCCACUCCCUGAAUACCCACAGGACUCUAAGCACAGUACAGGAGGUCACAGACUUAAUCAGCAAGCAUAAAGCAACAAUGAAUUGUGUGCUGGAAGACGCACUGCUGGUCGCCCUCCGGCUAGAGGGUGGUACCGUGCUGGCGCAGCUGAGGAGGGAGCAGCUUGGCACCAGCCAAGACUGCCGGGAUGCCAUUGAGGUCGCCUCCACGCUGUACAACCAAGUGGAUGAAGAGGUCCAUCAGCUUGUCCUCGCCUCCAAUAGGUGUCUGCAGGAGCUGGAGAGGCUACAGGAAGGGAGGAUGCUCCAGGAGGGACAAGGCCAGCAGUCUUGUCAGAAAAGGCCGCAGCUGGUGGAGAACAGCUCCCAAGGCACAGAGGAAGCGAUCUGGGCCUUCAAAAGGUGCCUGAGCACCAUGGCCAGCCAGGCUGAGUGCAGGGAGGGAGUACUGGCCCAAUGGGCCCACCUGUCUGACCUCUACGAGGCGCUAAGAGACCCAAUGGAAUCGCCUCCAGGGGAUCUCUCUGCUAUUAAAGUCCACUUGUUGCCAGAGACCCCAGGACAGUCGCUGCAGCCCAGCACAGGCCUGCAAACUCACCAGCACCCCAGAGUUGCCUGCACCCCAGAGCCCCCAGCAGCACGGCUCCUCUUAAUGGAAUCCAGGGGUUCAGGGAAGGCCAGCGUGGAUGGAUGGAUGCAGCAGUGCAGUGAGUGCCUGGAGUACCUGGGCCCGGAGCCAGUCACUGAGUAUCUGGAGAGCUGUCACCGGGAGGCCACAGAGCUGACUGCACAGGGCUUCCCCGGGGCCAGCGCAGUGGAGGCAGGCUUGGGCAGCCAGCGGACGCCGCAUCAGAGGCACACCUUAGGGCUGCAGAGCCCGCAGACCCGCCUCUGCUUCCAAGAGGCCCCAUCUGGGGUUAGCCCAGACCCUGGCACCCCACCUCUGGACCAGAGAGCCCUGAAGCAUGAGCUUGCACAGGCAGCCGAGAGGCGGCACUGUGAGCCAUCCUGGACGCCCCCCGCUGACCCAGAGGGCUGUGCUGAGGAGCGGGCCCAACUGCUGGCUGGCCUCCCUGGACAAGCCUCUUUGAGCAGGCAGGAGGGUGAGCACCUGGCCCCAGGUGUGCCUUCCCCACAUGACAGCCUCACCUGCUCCUCCACGCCCAUCCAGACACCCACCACCCACCCCAGGAAACAUCCCCUGAAGAAAAUUAUGAGGAAAACACGAAGCUUUGAGAUUGCACAGCUUGACAGUGGCCCCAGGGAUGCCCCCUGGCCAGGCCACACUGGGGUCUUCAUCAGGGGCCUAGAGGUGACCAGCACCGUGGCCUCCGAGAAGCAGUCCCCACCACGGCCACAUGCUGAGAGCCCCCUGGUCACUCGGAGCCGGCGUCUGUCCUCUCCCUCCAGGAUCCAUCCCUCCGAGGAGGACAGGAGGAGGCAAGCAGGAAGCAGCCGACUGCGGCACAUAAUGGCCGAGAUGGUUUCCACGGAGAGGGAGUAUGUUAGGUCCUUAGGAUAUGUCAUUGACAACUACUUUCCAGAAAUGGAAAGAACGGACCUGCCCCAGGACCUUCGAGGGAAGCGCAGCAUUGUUUUUGGGAACCUGGAGAAGCUCUACGACUUCCACCACCAGCAUUUCCUUGUGGAGCUGGAGCGCUGCCAGCACGGUCCCUUGGCGGCGGGCCGCGGGUUCCUGAGACACGAGGAACAGUUUGGCAUGUAUGCACUCUACAGCAAGAACAAGCCCCAGUCGGACGCCCUGCUCUGCAGCCACGGCAACGCCUUCUUCAAGGACAAGCAGCGGGAGCUGGGCGACAAGAUGGACUUGGCCUCCUACUUGCUGAAGCCCGUGCAGCGCAUGGGCAAGUAUGCGCUACUGCUGCAGGACCUGGUCAGGGAGGCUAGCAGCUGCCCCGCCUGGGAGCAGGAGCUGUGCGAGCUUCGGGCUGCCGAAGACGUGGUCCGCUUCCAGCUGCGUCACGGCAAUGACCUGCUGGCAAUGGAUGCCGUCCGAGGCUGUGACGUGGAUCUGAAGGAGCAGGGACAGCUGAGAUGCCAGGACGAGUUCAUCGUGUGCUGUGGGAGGAAAAAGUACUUGAGGCACGUGUUCCUCUUUGAAGACCUCAUCCUGUUUAGCAAGACCAGGAAGGUGGACGGGGGCUAUGACACCUACACGUACAAACAGUCCUUCAAGACAGCAGAGAUCGGGAUGACGGAGGACGUCGGACGCAGCGGCUUGAGGUUUGAGAUCUGGUUCCGUAGGCGGCGAAAGUCCCAGGACACCUACGUCCUCCAGGCCAGCUCCGCAGAGGUCAAGACGGCCUGGACCCACAUGAUAGGGCAGAUUCUGUGGCGGCAGGCUCUGCGGAACAGAGAACUCAGAAUGCAAGAAAUGGUGUCAAUGGGGAUAGGCAACAAACCGUUCAUGGACAUCCAGCCCAGUGACGCAGCCAUAAGCCACCGGGCUGUCAAGAAGGGAGCAGAGUCAUGGACCCGAGCACCGAUGGUUGUGCCCCCCUGUGACCACGCCGCCCCCUUUAAGAGGCCACACUCCACCAUCUCUGACAGCAGUACCUCCUCCUCUGGCAGCCAGUCGUCCUCCGCCCUGGGGCCACUGAGCCUGCAAGCAUCUGCCAGCCCAGCCCUGCUGAGCUCCGCCUCCUGCCCCUGGCCAUAUGACAUGCACACCUGCCUCGAGGAGGAGGAGGAGGAGGAGGAGGAGGAGGAGGAGGAGGAGUUGGAGGAGUUGGAGCAGGAGACGGGGAGCCAGCCUUCCAUGCGGGAGUGCACCUAG